AUGCGGAUGACUAUUCCACAAACUCGGGCGGUGCCGCCGUCGAGGGAUCUAGUCGACUUCUCAUGCAGGGUGGCAUUCCAGAAAUCGGCAAGAUGGGGCUGGUGCAAGAAUGGGCUAAGGCGUGGCCUCUCUGGGGAAGCACCCGCAACCGCCCACCUCAGCGUCUGGGAGUCGUUCAAGUCACUGCAAGCACCUGGACCGUCGAUGCACACAGCUGAAAUUGCCUGGAUCGCGCCCAUAGCGUCGCGACGUCAUGAUCAUCUUGCUUGUGUUGCUAGCCAAAUCACCGCGGGGCGUGCGUCUGUUGACGCGGUUGCUGGGGCAAUGGCCACGGACCCUGCACCCUCGACGUCCAUUAUCACUUUCAUGGCCGCACCAGCAGCAGCCCUAUCACCCCCAUCACCACCACCGCACAACCCCUAUUUCUAUCCAACGGCCCCGCCGUCUGUCCAUUCUCUCAGCCUGUGCCCGACCACGACCCCAAUAUUCUGA